CGAACAUGAUGCACAGCGUCGCGACGUCGAAAGUCGGCAUCUCUCUACCUGUAGUGGCAGUGCUUCCCAAAUACCGUUAUGCCUAUUGGUGAUAGUUUUCAAUCACUUCUUCAUUCACGACUGCCGAAGAAACUGCGCUCUGUUGACACUUUCCGAGGGGUUCGUUCUUCAGCCUAUGAGAACCCAACGGGAUUCUGAGAAAGAUCAAAACUGUUGAGUCCACUCGAAAGAGCCCACUUCCAGCGGAGGUGACGCAAGAGUUGAGACAGUGGCGGCACGGAAGGGUGAGAACACGGGGCGGAUAACGGAAUGCACGCUAAUGUGCACGCUGACCGAAACGAGUGGCGGCUGCCCCCGGAUGAGACAUUGCAGGUCGCCGAUCCAAAGGCCAAAAAGGCCGAGGUAGGUGACGAAGAGGAGCUAGCAUUACAUGAAGAUGAGGGACACAACUGGUGGUCGAUCAUAUUUUCUUUGCUCGUCAUUGGGCUUGUCAUCUCAGGAAUUGUAGCGGCUAUUUUCUUAGUGGGUUAUGUUGAUGAACUUCUCUACUGGCAUGGGACGAGGAUGCAGCUCGACGAAUACCUACAGGGCGAGCUGACUCCUAGAAGAUUACCUCCUUCCUGGAUUUCACACUCUCAUUUCGUUUACCAAGCUGACGACGGAAGCCUGGCUAUACUCGACACUAGUGUUAAUUUCUCCGUUAGUGUUCUAGUUACUAAUCACACUUUGAGGCAACUGAACGUCAAGGGGUAUCAGUGCUCAAAGGACCUUAAAUAUGUGCUCUUCCAACAUGACGUUAAAUCAGUAUUCAGACAAUCCUUCACGGCGCAGUACACCAUCUAUGACGUCAAAAAAGAUCAUCACAUUCCAGUUCGAUUAGAAAUGUCCUCGAAGGCACGGCCCGAAACGUUACAGUACGUUAGCUGGUUGGGAAACACAAAUAAUUCUCUCCUAAUGGUGUAUAAUAACGACAUAUAUCUCCGCCAGUCACCAACGGAUGAGACAGACACGAGGCUUACGUUUUCGGGGCGUCCUGAAGUGAUCUAUAAUGGAAUUCCAGAUUGGCUCUAUCAAGAGGAUGUUCUGAAGAAUCCGAAAGCUUUAUGGAGUUCGUACGACGGAACUCACCUGUUGUAUGCAACGUUCAAUGACAGUGAAGUAGGAAUAUUAAAUUUCCCGUGGUUUAAAACGGAGUCCGGAUUAGCUGCCAAUAAGGCGGCGAACAGAGCGCCUUCCUUUCCUGCUUCCAAAACAGUUCGAUAUCCUACGCCCGGAUCGGCUAACCCUACAGUGCAGUUGUGGGUUCUAGAUAUGUCAAACCUAACCGACCUCCAGAGCCACCUCGUGAAACCCCCGCAUGCCUUAGCCGGACAGGAUUACUAUUUGACAUCGGCCGGGUGGAUCGGACAGAAGAACACGCAAGUAUCGGUGGUGUGGAUGAACCGAGCGCAAAACCUCAGCAUCAUUUCGGCCUGUCUAGCCCCCAACUGGACAUGUGUAGAGACUCACGCCGAGCGCGCCGCCGAACGAGCCUGGCUCGACAUUCACGAGCAUCCGGUGUUCGCGCAGGAUGGCGACAGUUUCCUGAUGCUCGCAGCAGUCCAGGAGGGGAGCAGAGAAUCUUACACGCAUAUUAAACACGUUACUGUCACUCAACAGCACAUCGCCGUUCUCAGCCACGGUCGCCACGAAGUCGACCGCAUCUUAAGCUGGGACAACGUCAAACAUCUCAUAUAUUAUUUGGCAACCGAGGAGCACAAGGCGGGUCAAAGGCAUCUGUACGUCGUACGUGAUCCGUCUACAGAAGACCCCCGUCGCUUAGAGUCUAGCUGCAUAACGUGCGAGAUAGGGAAGUUCCUCUGGAGUAGCCGUUAUCUUUAUGGCAACUGUACGCACUUCAACGCUUUGAUAAGCCCUCGUUCAGAAUCGUCGAAUUCGUCAUUUUACGUUCUUCAGUGCGAAGGACCCGGUCUUCCAUUAGCAGGCAUGCAUAAUGCGACAACGCACAAACUGUUGAAGAUUCUGUACGACACGAGGCCGCAGAAAAUGCAUAUGCUCGAGAAGCUGGCGUUGCCUAAGCAAAAGUCUUUCGAGGUGCCUUUGCCCCAUGGUAAUAGGGCUCAAGUUCAACUUCUUCUGCCUCCGAGUUGGAGGGAAGAGCUGCGAGAUGCUGCCUAUCCUGUCCUCGUUGAAGUUAAUGGCAGACCGGGCAGCAAAGCAGUAACGGAAAAAUUUAGGAUAGAUUGGGGUACAUACAUGUCAAGCCAUUGCGACGUCGUUUACGUGAGACUUGACGUGAGAGGAGCCAGUGGACAAUACGAUCGUGCUUUAUAUCGUCAGUUGGGCGGUGUUGAAGUGCAAGAUCAGGUCGCAGUGCUGGAAUUCCUCCUAAAUACCUAUAAAUAUCUGGACAAAACUCGAGUGGGGAUUUGGGGUUGGGGGUACGGUGGCUACGUCACGUCGAUGGUGCUCGGACUGGGCAAUCAACAAAAAGUGUAUAAAUGUGGGAUAGCGGUCAGUCCGAUUUCUGACUGGUUGUAUUAUAACUCAGCCUUCACGGAGAAGAUCCUCGGCCUUCCAACCGAGAAUUACAAGGGUUACGUGAAAGCAGAUGCGACGCAGCGAGCGCGCAACAUCCCCCAGAACUCCUUUUUCCUCCUGCACGGUUUGGCAGACCUCACGGCACCUUAUCAACACGGGAUUGCCUUGGCACGUGCCAUGACGGAAGCGGGCGUUCUGUUCCGAUAUCAGAGCUACGCCGACGAAGGUCACGAACUUCAAAACGUACUGGAACACGUGUACAGCUCGAUGCAAAGCUUCUUCGAAGAGUGCCUUAGUCUAGAUUUAGACGAGAAAGACAAAGAUAAAGAUACCUGAAGAUUGGUUUCCCCCUCGCUUCGUUACCACCACGUGAUGGCCUUCGAAUUGCUGUACCCCCACGGCCAGCAGCAGACAUUCCACGUGCUGUCAAAAAGGAUCCGAGAACCGAUUCCGAUUCCGGCUGGUCAAUUCAAUCAAAUCAAGCUGUUUAUAUCAUAGCAAGACUUAGUGAUGUUGUCAGUGUAGAGACGAUGGACGAAUUAGUGAUUCUUUUUCUGAGGUUUCUUGUUAAACGGUUGGACUGAUAUCAUGUUUUAUAAAAUUAGAUCCAAGUUGUGACUUUUCUUCUUCUUACACAGUACUACUUUUAAAUAUGGCAACGUGUUACUGUGAAAAGUAAUUAAUGUCAUUCGUUUCAAAUACAACUUACACUGUUAUAUCAAACACUUUUUUUAACGAAAAUACAAAUACAAGUAUUAACGACUACCUAGUAUUGUAAUUUAGAACAUAAUUUUAAAUACCGUUAGUAUUGACAUUCUUCCAUAGAAGUAGAUCUACUACUGUACAUAGCUUCAAUUGAUUAGAAUAAGACUGAUUUUAUAAAAUACUUAAGAAAAGUUGCUUCAGGCUUUCUAACAGUUAGUUGUUUGAUAAGACGAUUUGUAUACAUAUAAGGUUCGGGCACUGUAUCUAGCACAAAAAUAUAUUUCCUACAAUCAACAUCUCGCAGCAAAAAUUUUGUACCUAAGUACCUUGUAACAAAUGACUCUUAUCAGAUAAAUUUUAAUAUAGUACGCAGGCCUUAAGUGACGAGUAUACGAAGUGCCUAAACAACUACUCACUCGAAAGUUGUUCGUCUGUUUUCAUUUUGAGAUAUUAGAACCCUAGAAUGAACCACUGUAGUUUGUGCACUUAGUAUACUCAUCUUUUUCAAAAUACGAACUAAACAAAAUGAAAUUAUAAGUAUAGGAAAUAAUGAAUUUAUCGACCCAAAAAUUACCAAAAAAUUAUUAGAAACAAAUAUUAACAUCUACGUCAGUCUGAGUGAAAAAACAGUUGUCUACUGGAAGAUCCAAACAAAUCAAAGCACUGGUUACUACCGCACUUUUAGUUUUCGAAAUCAGUUCAGAACGUAAUCUACGUACCACAGGACAAUCUCACAACACACAAUAAAUCAAAAAAAGAAUUAGAAUUACACCUGAUUGGUUCUGCAAUUAGAUGACAUUAAAUACUUUCCACUAUUCAUUAAAAAUGUACUUUCCACUUUACAUUUCUAUGUGUUUCUUAUCUUUCUAGUUUCUUCCUGUUUUCCUCCUUCACUUAGUAAAAUAGUACAGUGAUGAUGUCAAUUAUUAAAAUGUUUUUAAAUUUUCGAAAUAUGACGAACAUGAAUCAAAAAAUAAAACGACUUAAAAAUGGAGCUUCGAUAUUUAAAAGUAAUCAAUAAAAUGGUUGUGAAACAUAAAAUAAACUUUCCAUUUAAACAAAAUAUACUAUAUAGUGUAAAUUUGGCUUAGAUUUAUCAGUAGAAGCUGUGUUUGUGUCACAGCGAAGACAAUCUUUAAAAGCAGAACGUUUUGUUGUUAAUUCUCAUUUUUAAUGUAUAUCUAAAGCUGUCUACUUUUUACAAUAAUGCCGUUUUUUACAGUUUUGACGAAAAUGUAACUGGGUAAAAUAUCUCGUAUUUUAUUUACUUACUUAAUUCUAUUUCACGUACGAGUAAAACUGUUGGCCUACUUCUCAGAGAACUUAUAUCAUUUAAUAUCAAUUUUUCUCGAUGUGUUAUUUUUAUAGCAAUACUAAUAAUUUGUUGCAAAUGUUGCCUAAUAAUUGUUGUACACAUCAGUGUUUGUAAAUUAAAAUAAUGUGCAGAACACCAAUUAAAUUAUUAAUUUUUAUUAGACAGCAAUG